ACUCGAAAGCCACAACCGAUACAUGUGAGUAAGUCAGGAGAGUUUAUUGGCAUUAUAAAGAAGCGUAAGCUGUUUGUUUGGCAAAUCCCUUGCAAGCGAUUUAGAAGCGAUGAAGUAAAAAAGAUCAGACUGCAUCACACAAAGAACUUGAGCACAUUCGCAUUCCAUCCAACGGAGAGAGUUGUAGCUGGAGGUGAUGUAACUGGAAGAGUAUUAAUAUGGAGAGAAUUUGGGCAGAAAAAGUUCUCAAAAAACUUGGUAGCUAGAGAUGAGGAAGAAAAGCCUGGUGUAAGAGAUGACGACGAUGCUGAUUCAUGUACAACAUGGCAUUGGCAUGCAAAUGAAGUCAAAUUUCUUUACUUCUCCUCUGAUGGUGCAUAUUUGUAUUCAGGUGGAAAGGAAGGAGUCAUUGUUGUUUGGCAGCUUGACACCGGAAAGAAGAAGUUUAAACCUCGUUUAGGAGCUCCACUCAUAAAUUUCACAGAUUCACCAGAUCCCAAUCUUUCGUGUCUUUCUUGUUCAGAUAAUCAAAUCCAUCUGGUAAAGAUGCCCACAAUGGAGAUCAUCAAGUCUAUUUCAGGAAUUAAGUUGCCUUUCUCAUUUCCAGAUUCGUGUGAAUGCUCAACCAAUGAAUUUGCCUUUCAUAAUGAGGCUGGAUUAGUAGCACUGCGUACUGAAGAUUAUUGUAUACAAUUCUUUAGCUUGUUUGACAACAUGGAAGUUUCACAGGUGCAAGUAUGUGAAAGGAACUUCCAACCUGUUGAUGAUGUCACGGUGUUUGUUGCUCUGAUUGCUCUCUCUUCUGAUGGCUCUAUGAUGAGCACCGUUGAUGUUAAGCUUCCUGAGGAGGAUUUAGGUGGUCUUGUGACUCUGAAGUUUUGGAGUGGUGGUUCCCGGCUUGGAGAGUAUGCCUUGUCUACUGUGAUUUUUGAGCCUCACAGUAAUGCACAAAUUUCUGCUAUUGCAUUCCGUCCUGGGCAUUCCAUGGCUGUAAGCUCUUCCUUGGGUGGAAAUUUCAAGGUGUGGGUUAAUUCUACCAAAUCCCCUCAAGAAGGUCAGACACAUCAUAAAUAUGAAUGGAGAUGCCAAUCUGUUGGUUCGUACAAGAAUGUGCCCAUGACUGCGGCCACAUUUUCCCCCGACGGCUCUGUACUAGCAGUUGCAGCUGAGACUGCGUUUACCUUAUGGGAUCCUGACAAGAAUGUUCUUAUAGCUGUAAUUGGAAAUACAGUUGCGCCAAUCUGUGAUCUGUCAUUUGUUGCUCAUUCUGAAUAUUUAGUUUCAAUAUCACGGGGUUUGAAAACACAGUUGGCCGUUUGGAAUUUGUCAAAGCUAUCUAUGCAUUGGUCUUACCAAAUUUCUGCAGAAGCCAUCUGCACUGCAAAAGAUGGAUCUCACUUUGCUAUCCUUGCUGUGAACAAUCUGCAUGGCAAAGCUUGUAAAAAUGACGCAGAUGGGAUAAUUUUAUUAUUUGGAGUGGAAAAUCCCAUCCCUCUAGCAACCUGGGGGGUCAGAAAGGCAAAGGGAGGCGGCCUUGCUUUUAUUUCCCCUGAUUUAUCAAUUAAUGAUACAAAAUUUCCAGAUGAAGGAAGCCAUUCAUUACUAGCUUACAUCAGUGGUGAUCACCAAUAUGUUAUCUUUGAUCCACAUGCAGAGGUUCAGACUGCCAGAAAUGCUCGCACAAGACAAUUUCCUGAUGAAGAACCAGAACACAUCGGAUACACAUCCAUAUAUGGGGAGCUCCCAGAAAUUGACAUGCAGAGAGAAGAGAGCAUUUCAGAAAUUCCAUUUAUGCCUUCAGAAAGAAUCUGGGAAACUAUAUUUACUGGAUCAUCACAUAAUCUUCCACCAUUAACAAAGCUUUGCGCGACAUUCUUGGAAUCAUUAAUGGAGAAAAGUUCUACUGUAUAAGACUGAUAAAUUUGAUAUUUUUCAACUACUGGAGAAUAGCUCUGUGAUCAACAAUGGCUGCCUGGUAAAUUUUUAUCCAAAAUGGAGCUGAUUUAGCAGUGAUAAGUAUUCAAUCAAACAAUGGAAGAGGCAGCACUCCAUCAUUUGAUUAUCAGAGUUUUCUUCAAGGUUGCUUCUGCGGUUUCUACACUAAGGGUGCAUAAGUCAACAUGGAUUGUGCUCUACAAAAGUUUUGUAAUAAUAAUUUAAUUUUCUUACAAUUUAGGCUUUUGUAAUUCUCUCCUUGCCAUAUUCAUAUGUUGAGAGUUUUUGUGUUUGUAUUGAUUAAUCAACAUCCAAUUUUAGUUCCAUUUUUUUGGGUGUAAUUUAACAAUUCUAAUUUUAUUUUAUUUUUGGUUAA